UUUCAUUCUCUCUCUCUCUCAUAAAAACACAUACAUCUCCGCUUAAAUAUGACAGUGCUCAAGCCACCUUGGUGACAGAUUCACCGCUUGUGUGUCGAUCAGUCAGUAGCAGAAGACGAAGAAGAAGAGAUUAUAUGUUUGCCUAAUCACGAUUCGCCUUUUAAAUUCAAAACAGCAGAUUUUUCUAUAACGUAAAAAAUGGGAUGGCUUCAUACAAUGAAGAAAGUAAUGAGCUGUGGAUCAGGGCAGAGUAGCAGAAAGAGGAAUCGAAAAUCGGGAGAUUUGGGGAAAGAGGUGCUGUAUUUGGAUCCAUACAAUGCAGAAAAUGCAGCAGUCCUUCCUGCUUCUCGAUCUCCGGUGGAGGAGGCGAAGCUGGUGGAAGCCGAGAAUGAACAGAGUAGGCAUGCUUAUUCUGUCGCUAUUGCAACCGCUGCAGCUGCUGAGGCCGCUGUUGCUGCUGCUCAUGCUGCUGCAGAGGUUGUCCGGCUCACAGCUGCAGCUCAUGGCUCGGGUAAAACCAGGGAAGAGAUAGCUGCUGUCAAGAUUCAAGCAGCCCUUCGUGGCCAUUUGGAAAGGAGAGCAUUGAAGCCUUUGAGAGGUCACGCGAGGCUGAAGUCAUUGAUAGAGGGCCAAUUAGUGAAGCGCCAAGCAACGAGCGCCUUAAAACAUAUGCAAAUGCUGGGCCGUAUGCAAUCUGAGGUUCGAGCAGGUAGAAACAGAAAGCCUGAUGAGAAGUUGUCGAUUCAAAAACAGAUCCAGCAGAAACACCAAAGGGAGGCUGAGAAGUUGAACACAUCUAUUGGAGAGGAUUGGGAUGAUAGUAUGCAGUCAAAAGAGCAGAUCGAAGCCAAUCUGCACCACCGGUACGAAGCUGCUAUAAGAAGGGAGCGUGCCCUGGCUUAUGCAUAUACGCAUCAGCAAACAUGGAGGGCCUCAUCAAACAGUGCAAACCAAACAUUCAUGGAUCCAAGUAACCCUCAUUGGGGUUGGAGUUGGUUAGAGCGAUGGAUGGCUAAUCGUCCACACGAAAACGGGAAUGCAGCGAGUAAAGAACAGAACAGUGACCAUAACUCCGUGAAAAGCAGGGUAAGCCAUUCAGUAUCCGUCUCUGUAGACCUGAAGAUGCAGUCUCCAGCUGCCCAGAAACAAAGCCGGCCUCCCAGCCGGCAGUCGCCUUCGACUCCCAAGUCGAAAAUCACACCACAUUCCAAGUUCAGGCCUGCAAGCCCAAAGGGGACUAAUGGCACGGAUGAUGACUCUAAGAGCAUUAGAAGUGCCCGCUCGGAUAGAUGUCGGAGGCACAGCAUUGCUGGCUCGUCCGUGAGGGAUGAUGAGAGCAUAACGAGCUCACACGCUGCACUUCUUGGCUACAUGGCUUCAACGGAGUCGACAAGAGCUAAGUCGCGGGUGGCCAGCCCGGUUGGAGGGGAGAUAGGCAGGACGCCUGAGAAGGGAGCCGUAGGUUCUGCAAAGAAACGGCUGUCGUUCUCGGGAUCCCCCGCCUACCCUAGGAGGCAUUCAGGCCCACCGAGGGUCGAUAUUAGUCCUAUGAAGGACAUCACUACAUACUGAUAGUGGCCAUGGCAGCUAUUGGCUAUAUUGGAGAGCUUUGGGAACGACACGAGCUUUAACUAAAUGUUAGACAUUGUAUUUAUGAGUGGACAUGUGAGCGACAUUGAGAUGGUGGACCAUGAACAUAUUUUGUUGGCAAAAUAGGGAGUAGUGUGAGGGACAAUGAUAUUUGUUUUUCAGUUAAAAUAUGUAAUUUGCUAAAUUAAUUACUUUUUUUUUGCUAAAAUGCUUGCUAUUUAUAUUGAUUUCUUUGUAAAAUAAUAUUCAUUAUGAAGUUAUAUUUGUUAUAUUGUAA